AUGAGCGUGGACGCAGAGGCAUUGGUCCAACUGGCAGCAACGGGACUGGCUGGCAUUUUUGCUGGGGCAUCCAUCUACAUCAGUGUUGCUCAGCACCCGGCACUCAUGGAGACGGAUGCGCUCGUGUUCCAGGCCCCUUUUUUUCGUCGGAUGUAUUUUUAUGCGGCACGAAUGCAGGGUCCCAUGGCAGUAGGUAGUGGAUUUAGUGCGCUGCUCGUUUCUUUGUUGCAGAAGCAGCGAGGACCACACGCCGGUAUGCCGAAGCUCUGGCUUACAAGUGGCUGUCUCAUUGGUAGCGUUGUACCCUUUACUGCACUAAAGAUGUUGGCGCUGAAUUACAAGCUUGUUGACUCGAAGCGAUGUGUACAUCGUGGUCAAUUAUGGAUGCAAGAGAUGCUACGGAGGUGGGGAAAGUUGCAUGCAGUACGUGCUGGUGCGAGUGCACUAGCAUUUUCAGGAAUGUUGGUGGCGAUGGCGUGUGGAGGAGAUCGAACACCGGCGUUAGUUUGA